UGAUAGAUGAUAUGAUUAACAAGGCAUAACUGCGUGUGAAAAGUUUUUCAUAGUUGGAACUAAUUUGCUGUCAAAAAAUCAUAUGUUCUAUGAAGAAAAAUAAUAAGAAAGUGAUUCCAACAAAAAAUACGACACACCAUCUCCAAAAUCUAUGAGUGAACCCGAUAACUCUUUUAUUCUUCCUCAAGCCUUAUCUGGCAAUGCGAAACCUUCCGCUACUUUGGAAGAUGAAGGUGAGGAAACCGAUUCUUUAAUUGCGGAAAAUUUGGAAACCCAAUCCGAAGUUGAUUCUGCCACCUUCGCCGGAACAAAUAAAGAUUCGGACCACAAACUCGCCAACUCUCCCGCUUUUGAAGGAUACCCUGGUACUGGUUCGAUUGUCAAUGAAAUAUCACAUCCAGCCCCACUUUUAUCUACUGACACCACACGAAGAGGCUCAGUGCGGAGAGAAGUCAAAAAAUUGUCGGCUCCAACAGGAACUACCCUCAAAAGAGGGAGCGUUUCGGGUGGGGCUCGAACUCGCAAACGUGCACGAAAAAACAAAAGGCGAAAACGUGAUCACAAUGGAUACGGCUCUAUAGACGAGGAAGAUGAUGACAACGAUUCAGAAGUGGGUCAUGAUCGAGAAAGAGCAACCAAAGAAGAGCACAUGGACGGUGACAGAGAUAGAUCAGACGAGCAUGCGGUAGAAACCAAUAAACGCGCCAAGAGAGGAAGAUUGGAAGGAGAAACGGGACGUGGACGGAAACUCGUAGUUGCACCACUCAAGAUAAAGCUGGGAGGGGGCAGAAAAAGAGGUGCUAUACCUGCUAUAGGAGAAGAUAAAACGACUGAAAUCUCUCAAGAUGCUUUCAUUGCUUCGGCCCAGAAUGAUGCAAUUACAAAUGGGAAUGGACCGAUUAGUGGUGAUUUAUUACCUAUUGCGGCAUCUGCUCGCAAUAAAAGGCGUGGUGGACUACAAAAUGAAGCUCCUCUUAUGAUAAAUACGGAAACUAUUUUGACAGGUGGAAACAAACCGUCAGCUAAAUUGAGCUCUAACCGAAGGCGCAAAAUUUAUAAAUUGACGGCGGAAGAAGCGGGGGGUAUAGAGCCAGUUGAUAACACUAUAUCCAUCGAUAAGACAUCACAGAAACACCAAGAUGAGGAAGAAGGCUACGAGACCGAGCACCAAGAUUACUGCGAAGUAUGCCAGCAGGGAGGAGAAAUACUUCUGUGUGACACAUGCCCACGGGCUUAUCAUUUGGUGUGCCUUGAACCCGAGCUAGAGGAGGCACCUGAGGGGAGGUGGAGUUGCCAGCAUUGUGAAAACGAAGAGACGGCCAAUCUAAUUCCCCUUCACGACCCAGACGAGGAGGGUAGUGGAAGCGUGCUUGCCAACAAACUCGAACCACUCUCUGAAGGCAAGGGCGGGGAAGAAUCUAGCACCAUUCCAAUAUCGCGCCUUGAAAAUUGCAAGAUUUGCAAAGAAAACACAACCAAUGAUCCAUCACAAUUUUUUCUCCGUUGUGACACCUGCCCUAAUGCUUAUCACGUCAACUGUAUAAACCCUCCCCUAUCCGAGAUGCCAAUCGAAGCUGUGCCCUGGAUAUGUCCCAGAUGUUUGUGCCCACCUUUGAAGGGUAAAGUGAAAAAAAUUCUUACCUGGAGAUGGUUGUAUCACACAACACGUAAAAUUAAAAUGCCCGAUGAAAGUGGUGGGGGAGAAUGUGUUUUGCUUCAACUCGAAGACACCACGGCUGUAGAAGAAAUAAAAGAGACAAUUUCUUCCCAGGAUAAGGAUGACAAAAUUGUGACUGAAAAGGAUGAUUCAUUGGUUGCUCUGUUUGAAAAAAAGGAUAACAAGCUCGAGUCUAUAAAGGAAGAGAUCGGCACCAAACGUUCAAGAGAAUUUUUUGUUAAGUUUGAACAGUUGUCAUAUUGGCAUUGCGCUUGGGUUUCGGAAUUAGAACUUGAGGUUUGGCACCCGAUUCUUUUGCGAAUUUACUUCAAGAAAAACGAUCCAGAGGAGCCUCCCGUACCCGAUGAGGAGUUUUGCUCGUUCAAAAAAAAGAGCCAUACUAAGGGCGACAUUCAGAAAUACGACCUGAUUAAUAGAUUUUACAAAUUUGGAGUCAGACCGGAAUGGCUCGAAAUUCAUAGGAUUAUAGGACAUCGGGCGACUAAAAAAGGUCGAACCUUUUACCUCACUAAAUGGAAAGAUUUGCCUUACGACCAAGCUGUAUGGGAGAGGGACGAUGCGGAUAUUGUUGAUUUCAAACGUAACAUCAAAAUUUAUCAUCGUUUGAAAGAAACUAUCGAUGCCGACAUCGCUAUGUCAAAGAAGUUGGCUGCCAAAUCGAAGCGAAACAAGCUAGAUGACGCGUCCCUCAAAGAGGAUCGUAAAAAGGAACUCAAAAAGAAGUUAGACCUGCAACCCGAUUACAUAACCAAAACUGGCGGCACUCUCCACGAGUACCAAUUGGAGGGACUUAAUUGGCUCCGUUACUCCUACGCUCACAAUAUUGACACGAUACUGGCGGAUGAAAUGGGUCUAGGUAAAACCAUACAAACCAUCACAUUUUUAUAUUCCCUUUACAAAGAGGGCAUCACUCGUGGACCCUUUCUUAUAAGCGUUCCUUUAUCCACCAUAAUAAAUUGGGAACGGGAGCUCGAAUUUUGGGCCCCCGAAUUUUAUGUUGUGACUUAUACCGGUGAUAAAGAUUGCCGAUCUAUAAUACGCCAACACGAAUUUUCGGCAUUAGAUGGCGCUUUUCACUCCUACAAACAGGCACAUCGUUUCAAGAAGGAUCAUCCAAUUAAAUUUAACGUACUUCUCACUUCGUAUGAGCUCACUACCAUCGAUUGCACCACCUUAAACUCAAUCGAAUGGGAGAUAUGUGUAGUGGACGAGGCUCAUAGGCUCAAAAGUAACCAAUCUAAGUUUUUUAAAAUUCUUAACGAUUACAAAUUCAACUAUCGUCUACUACUUACCGGCACGCCCCUUCAAAAUAACUUAGAGGAGCUUUAUCACCUUUUGAAUUUUAUGAGCCCUGAUCGUUUUAAUAAUCCGCAACUUUUUUUGGACGAAUUCGCAGAUCUCACUAAAGAAGAGCAAGUUAAGAAAUUACACGAUCUCCUGGGUUCGCAUUUGUUAAGGAGACUUAAAUCGGACGUACUUUUUAAUCUUCCAAAAAAGAGUGAAGCAAUUAUUCCGGUUAAUUUGACUCCUUUGCAAAAGAAAUUUUGUAAAUAUAUCCUGACGCGCAAUUUUGAAGCUCUAAACGCUAAAGGAGGACCUCAAACGUCUUUAUUGAACGUUAUGGUAGACCUCAAAAAAUGUUGCAAUCAUCCCUACCUUUUUUCCAAUGCUGCAUUGGAAGCACCUAAGUUACCCAACGGCGCUUUCGAAGGUACAGCUCUCGUAAAGGCUUCGGGUAAAUUAAUUGUACUCGCUAAGAUGCUCCGUAUACUUAAAAAGGAAGGGCAUCGCGUUCUUAUUUUUAGUCAAAUGACCGCGUUAUUGGAUCUACUUGAGGAUUUUUGCGAUUCUGAGGGUUACAAAUUUGAGCGGAUCGAUGGAAGUAUAACAGGCAGCCUCCGCCAGGAUGCGAUAGAUCGCUUUAACACUCCUGACUCUCCUAUGUUUGUGUUCUUGCUAUCAACUAGGGCCGGUGGCCUGGGCAUCAACUUGGCCACAGCCGACACUGUCAUCAUUUACGAUUCGGAUUGGAAUCCUCACAACGACAUUCAGGCCUUGAGCAGGGCCCACCGCAUCGGCCAAUCUAAUAAAGUUAUGAUAUAUCGUUUUGUCACUCGUAACACAGUGGAAGAGCGCGUAGCUCAAGUCGCCAAAAAGAAAAUGCUGUUAACUCAUUUGGUCGUCAGACCCGGGCUCGGUUCGGCGAAGGCUUCUGGGCCUUCUUUCACUAAGAAAGAAUUGGACGAGAUAUUAAAAUUCGGAACGGAAGAGUUGUUCAAGGAGAAUGAGAGUGAAGAUCGGUCAAUCGUGUACGACGAUAAGGCUAUCGAGGAACUUCUAGAUCGCAACAAAGAGGAGGCUCUAUCUGGUAGCAAGCAUCAGUACGACGAUUACCUCAGUUCUUUCAAGGUCGCUGAGUAUCAAUUCGAGGAGGAAAAAGCCGACCCCGAUGAGGACGAAAAUGACGAAGUUAAGUUGAGCCUUCUUGAUGGCGAUGAUAGAUUCAUACAAAUCGGCGACCUCAAAAAUAUGGACCAAAACGAUCCGACGUACUGGGAGAAAUUGUUGAGGCAUCACUAUGAACAGCAUCAAGAAGAUUUGUCUAAGACGCUCGGCAAAGGCAAACGCGUUCGAAAGCAGGUCAACUAUAACGAUACCCAGGUUACUAGUUCCUCCGCUGCAACAUCCACUUCUUUGAACGCUCCAAAUGGCUUUGACCGUACCGUUUUAACUUCAACCAUGGGAACUGCCAAUCAUUAUGACUCGGAUUAUUCGCUGACGCCCGCUGAGGAUAUGGACGAGGAGGAUGACUUUGAAGACGAGGAUGAUGGUGACGAAGAUUUUGAUGAACGCACUGACCGCUUGAAUGGAGGAACAGGUGGAGGAGUGAAUUUUAUGUCACGAAGGAGAGUCAACCCCUCUACUGUCGACAAUAAGCCCCUUCCCCCUUUGCUAGCCAAGGUUGGCGGUUCUGUUGAAGUAUUGGGAUUCAACGCACGUCAACGUAAAUCUUUUCUCAAUUCUAUCCUUCGAUUCGGUAUGCCUCCUGAUGACGUUUUCAAUUCUCAAUGGCUUUCACGUGACUUGCGUGGUAAGACGGAAAAGAUUUUUAAAGCUUAUGCAUCACUCUUUAUGCGUCACUUAUGCGAGACGGGCGAUGAAAAUGCUCCAACUUUUUCAGACGGUGUACCGAGGGAAGGUAUCUCACGUCAGCACAUUCUAGCUCGCAUCGGAAUCAUGUCGCUCAUUCGUAAAAAAGUUAGCGAAUUUGACUCUUACAAUGGUCGUUUCAGCAUUCCUAAUUUAAUACCCAAUCCUCCCAUCCUCGAUAUUUCCACUAACAGUUCUCUUCCCCAAAACGGAGAACCAUUGAAUGAUUUAAAUAAUGACAAUGAUAUAACUACAUCUGAUUCGAUUCCCUCAACUACCUCUACACCUAACCCACUUAAUUUGUUCACAAGCAGUGCCACACCCAAACCUGAAAAAGCGAAAACCUCCACAGUGAUGCCCAAAAAGUUUUAUUUUAACAUAGCUGACGGGGGUUUCACCGAAUUACACACUCUCUGGUUAAAUGAAGAGAAAGCGGCUGUACCCAACCACAUGUACGAAAUCUGGCAUCGACGUCACGAUUAUUGGCUUUUAGCUGGGGUUGUUAAUCAUGGAUAUGGUCGUUGGCAGGAUAUCCAAUCUGACACCCACUAUGUCAUCAUUAACGAGCCUUUCAAAAUGGACAUUGGUAAAGGAAACUUUUUGGAGUUAAAAAACAAAUUUCUUUCUCGUAGAUUCAAGCUUUUAGAGCAAGCACUCGUAAUUGAAGAACAAUUACGGCGCGCCGCAUUCAUUAAAUUACAAGAAGAUCCUAACCAAUCCGUCAUGACUCUUAAUGCUAAGUUUUCGGAAGCUGAAUGCUUGGCCGAAUCUCAUCAACAUUUAUCCCGUGAAAGCUUAGCCGGUAAUAAACCUGCAAAUGCAGUUCUUCACAAGGUUUUGAAUCAAUUAGAAGAGCUGCUUAGUGACAUGAAACAAGAUGUGGCCCAUUUACCCGCUACCUUAUCUCAAAUCCCUCCCCCAGAACAAAGGCUUCAAAUGUCGGAAAAGCAAUUAUUACGAUUUUUGACUCAUCCAGAGGAAGCCCAAAAUUACCCAUAUUUUAAACCUAGCUACACUUCAGGACCAUUUAUAUCCAACUACUUAGUCAAACCAAAUAAUUCCGGAAAUUCGCAACAUUCUUUGCCCUUAAUCACUAAGUUUGAUAAGGGAAAUUUAUCAGGACACCAAUCCUCGCAAUCGCCCAUAACUAAUACCCUGAAUAGAGAAGAUAGGAAUAGUGUUCGGAAGGAUGAUCGUAAAGAGAUAAUAUGUUUGGAUGAUUAAAUACAUUAAAAUUAUAUAUGUUCAUUAUUGUUUAUAAAAAAAUAUUUUCCUAUUGUAAUAUACUAAUUUAAGUUAUUUUUUAUAAAUUUUGAAAUAAAAUUUUUAAAAUGUGCCUU